AUGCCUCGUGCUACCCAGCGAGCCAGCACGACGGAAGUCAUGGGCGCACCGCUCGAGCUCCCUCCCUACGAACCCCAGAUAGCGCCCCUCACAGCCAACGCAAAGCGCAAGGUUGAUACUGUGAUUAAAUCCUUUCAAACGCGCCAUUUAAAAAUCCACUUGGCUCAUGCUGCAGGGGCGCUGUCAGACUCUGUUGGGGACACUAACGACCGGCUCACAGAGGCAAAGGCUCGCCUGGAGAAAGUGAAGCGGCGCCGACGAGAGAGAGAGGAAAGGCGACAAAGAGACGCGGGAGAUGAAAAGGAUAAAGAAGAUGGCGAUGGAAAUGACAGCAGUGCUGAGCGUGAGCGGGAAGCAGAAAAAUUCGCAGUGAGGGAGGAAAAACUGGCGCAGUUUGAGCGGCUAGUUAAGAAUACCACGAAGAGACUGGAAGGAGGCAUGCGGAGCCUCGUUGACUCGGAAGUUCAGGCGGACAAAAUACUGGAUCUUUUAUCGGAAAUAACACAGGAUUCUGCGGAAGUACCGAAAGAGCCUCAGCCUAGAGCACGACGGGCGAGGCGCAACCGGGAUGAAGAUGAAGAUAGCGAUGCGAAUGAUGACGAUGAACUGGACGACGAAACAGAGCCGCCUGCCGAAGUCGAGGUAAUAUCAGCAUCUCGCACGAUUGCGGAUGGGCUAGCAGAUAAGAAAAGAGAAUGGGAGGCACUCCCUCUUGCGCAGAGAUACGGGACUAAUAAAAGCUACGAGCAAUUCUAUCGUGUUCUUCACGAGUCAAAGCAUUCUGGUAUCGAGGUUCCCCCGUUGCCUCACCCAUCUACCUGGUUUCAGUCUUCGGAGACCUCACGAGAAUCCGGCAGCCAGAGUAAAAAGCGUAAAAAGAAGCGUUCUCGGCUUGCUCACACCACUGAUGGUACUAUGGAGGAAGGCGGUGUUGAUGACGAGGACCGGCAGGCUUCAUCUUCGGGCGCUGAAGACAACGAAAGUGAAGAAGCCGAGGAUGAUGAGGGUGAGGAUGCAGAAGGGUCAGAAGACGAAGAACCCACCCAGGAGGCUACGCAGGAUGCUUCUUCAGAUGAUGAAGUAGCGAUCAAAUCUGAGAAGUUCUCCAUAACUUGUCCGUUGACUCUACAGCCUUUCAAGGAGCCGGUCAGUAGCACCAAAUGUCCACACAGUUUCGAACAAUCUGCUAUCGAGAGCAUGUUCAGUCGGAGCCGUCAGAACACAUUUGUUCCCUUACCCAACGACAGUUCCCGUGGGCGAAAUAUGCGAUGCGUCAAAUGCCCGGUCUGCAAUAUUCUGUUAACAAUGCAGGAUCUGAAGAGGGACCCCGUAUUGCUAAGACGGGUGAAAAAAGCAUCACGCGUGGCUGCAAGAGAGGCGGAAGAGAAUGAUGAAGAAGAAGGUGAUGAAGAUGAGGAUGUUGAUAUGGAUGAUGACAGCGUUCUAGUGAAGAGGACCAGGGCAGCGAACAGCGGAAGACAAGUUGUAGUAAAGAGCGAGCGGACGAGGUCACCAUCCCGUAUCCCUGAUACACAAAUGGAUGGAUGA